AUGGAGUCAUUAGCAUCUUUAAAUUUAAUCAGAUUAGAGAACCAACUCCAGAAACUCCAGAAUCAAUUUAGAAAACUCAUCCCUUUGCAUAAACCUAUAUACCAUCAACUGAGUGACUGUGGGGAUCAUGUGGUCAUAAUGAACACAAGGCACAUUGCAUUUUCUGGAAAUAAAUGGGAACAAAAAGUUUACUCCUCACAUACUGGCUAUCCAGGGGGAUUUAAACAAGUAACAGCUGCUCAGCUACACCAGAAGGAUCCAGUAGCAAUCGUGAAACUAGCUAUUUAUGGCAUGCUGCCAAAAAACCUUCACAGAAGAACUCUGAUGCAGAGAUUGCAUCUUUUCCCAGAUGAGGACAUACCAGAAGAUAUUCGUAAGAAUUUAGUAGAAGAGUUGCCUCAACCACGAAAAGUACCCAAACGUCUAGAUGAGUACACACAGGAAGAAAUAGAGGCUUUCCCAAGACUGUGGUCUCCACCUGAAGAUUAUCGACUCUAGAAGAGUGACGAUGGCAGGAAAGAGCCAUGCGGUGACGGCAGCUUCUUCCUGAGGAGUCUCUCCGGAGCUCCAGGCAGAGGGAGACAGCCGCUGCGUUUUGACAAGGAACUUGACAUGGGAGCUGAAAGCUUAUGGAGAAGGCUCUGGAGGUGAUACUCCUUAAUAGGAAAUUGCAACAAAAUACAUUAUUUUAUAGAAUUAUUUUAUUAUAUAGUCCAAUUUGAAUUGCUGUAAGGGAUGCUAAGAAUAAAACUGCUUACUUGUGUAAAAAAAA